AUGUCCGACUGGGCGCCUUACCAGUCCACCGACCCAGAAGCUCAACGCUCCUCUCUGAGGUCCCCACCACCAGGAAACAACGGUUUCUUCUCCACAUCCCCACGACUCGAGUCGCAGAGCAAUCCGUGGGGGGACAGUCGAUCAUACAGUCCUUCGAACGUUAUACAGCCCGAGAAUGGAGUUAGUUCUUCAACUUCAGCAGGGUUUGGGGCUAGUCGAGGAGGAAGGGAGUUCGUGAAUCAGUUCGAGACAAGCUUACCGUUAAGAAUGGAUGUCGAAGCGGCACUGACUUACAUCCUUCUCCCGCCGGCCGGUGGCGUGCUGUUCCUUAUGCUGGAGCACAAUAGCGACUAUGUUCGCUUCCAUGCCUGGCAGUCGGCACUCCUGUUCACAGCGAUGUUCAUACUACAUCUUAUUUUCCUGUGGUCUCAUUUCUUUUCGGUGCUGUUAUCAUUUAUCGAUUUGGGACUUAUUGUGUACUUGAGUGUAAGGGCAUACAGCGAUGCUGAUACCCUGGAUCGAUUUGAAGUUCCGUAUUUCGGGGCUUGGGCUAACUCGUUUGUCGAGGAAGAGUAG